AAAUAAAAAUAUUCCUUAAAAUAAAAAUAAAAAAUAUAAACCGAAUAAAACAGUCUCGUGUGAACAGAACUGAGUUUGUCAGCCCAACCAAACAAUAACGACUAACGACAUUGUGAAUGAAAAUUAUAUCUUAGUUAGUUCCAUUUUUACACCGUUAUACAUGUUUCUAUAUUACAAAUACCUUAUUACCUUAAACACAAUACAAGAAGCGUUGUAAUAGUCAUUGUUAUGGCCAUUUUGAAACAAAGAUAAUAAUGGCAUGUAGUAGAACCUUACUAUCCUCAACUGGUUUCCGACCCAUUCCAUUAUCUGUCCAUAACUCUCUUCACUGCAUUCAAUUAAACACACCCUUUAGCCCCAAAGACUUAACCGGCUUAACCACCGAUCUCAUAAAGUCCUACUUCGACAAAGGCUCCAUCGAAGAAGCACACACACUGUUCGAUGAAAUGCACCACCGAGAUUUUAUCGCUUGGACAGCCAUGAUCACUGGCUACGUCUCCUGCAAUCAGUACACCCGUGCAUGGAACGUGUUUUCUAAUAUGCUUAGAGAUGGAGUGAAGCCCAAUGCUUUCACUGUUUCUUCUGUUUUGAAGGCUUGUAAAGGUUUGAAAGCUCUUUCACGCGGGAAAUCGGUUCAUGGGUUGGCUAUUAAGAUUGGUACUCAAGGUUCGUCUAUAUAUGUUGAUAAUGCACUUGUGGAUAUGUAUGCUACUUGUUGUGAUAGUAUGGAUGAUGCAAGAUUGGUUUUUGAGGAUAUCGUGACAAAAAAUGCUGUCACUUGGACUACGUUGAUCACUGGGUAUACUCAUAGACGUGAUUCCUUUGGUGGUCUUCGAGCUUUUCGUCAAAUGUUUAUGGAGGAAGGAGAGCUGAGUCCCUUCAGCUUCUCAAUUGCGGUUAGUGCUUGUGCCUCAAUUGGCUCAAGUAAUUUGGGUAAGCAAGUACAUGCUGCAGUCAUUCAUCAUGGAUUUGAGUCCAAUCUUCCUGUCAUGAAUUCCAUACUGGACAUGUAUUGCAGGUGUCGUUGCGCAUCUGAGGCAAAACAAGUAUUCAGUGAAAUGACUCAGAAAGAUACAAUCACAUGGAAUACUUUGAUAGCUGGAUUUGAAACACUGGAUUCUAAAGAGUCUCUCUGCAUAUUUUCACAAAUGGUGUCAGAAGGUACUAGUCCGAAUUGCUUCACAUUUACUAGUGUCAUAGCUGCAUGUGCAAACUUAGCAAUAUUGUAUUGUGGGCAACAACUUCAUGGUGGAAUUAUUCAUAGAGGACUUGAUAACAACUUGGAACUAUCCAAUGCCCUUAUAGAUAUGUAUGCCAAGUGUGGAAAUGUAGCUGAUUCACAUAAAAUAUUUAGCGGAAUGCCGCACACAAAUUUGGUCUCAUGGACUUCCAUGAUGAUUGGAUAUGGUGCUCAUGGACAUGGAAAAGAGGCGGUUGAUUUAUUCAAUGAGAUGGUUAGAUCAGGUAUUAAACCUGAUAAGAUAGUGUUUAUGGCAGUACUGAGUGCUUGCAGCCACGCCGGACUAGUGGACGAAGGCCUUAAAUAUUUUAGAUUAAUGACGAGCUAUUAUAAUGUUGCACCUGAUCGAGACAUAUAUGCGUGUGUGGUGGAUUUGCUUGGUCGUGCGGGAAGGGUAAACGAAGCUUAUGAACUAAUAGAGAAUAUGCCAUUUAAGCCAGAUGAGUCUAUAUGGGUAGCCCUUCUUGGAGCUUGUAAAAAACACAAACAACCAAGUAUGGGAAAAUUAGCAGCUUUGAAGGUUUUGGAUAUGAAGCCAAAUAAGGCCGGAACUUACGUUCUGUUGUCAAAUAUUUAUGCUGCUGAAGGUAAUUGGGCCGAUUUUGCCAGUUUGAGGAAGCUUAUGAGAAGUACUAGAAGUAAGAAAGAGGUGGGGAGGAGCUGGAUUGAAUUGAAAAAUCAGGUUUACAGUUUUGUUGUUGGAGAUAGAUUUCCUUCUUCAAAUGAUGAGGUGUGUGAAGUUCUUGAAUUGUUGAUUAGACAUAUGAAAGAUGUAGGAUAUGUACUUGAUUUAGAUUGCUCUGUACAUGACUUGGAAGAUGAGACUUGAAUAUGUAGAAGCUGAAGAUAUCAUCUUAUUCAUGAGUGCUUGUAGCAGAUUCAUAAACAAGCAUUCUUAUAUAAGAUGAUAUUUCAAACUUGUUAGGCCUCCGGUUCAUAAAUCAAUACAAAAGCAUUCAUAUAUACAUGUAUAUGACUUGGAAGAUUACACAGCGGGUUGACUGAUCUGUGGUGGGACGGCAUGAGAUGUUCAGCCCAAUACUAUUCAUCCCGCCCCGCCUCUGUUUAUUUUUCGACGGGUUGAUGGCAGAGUUGGGCGAGACAGAACAAGUUGUUUUGAUUUGCCAUCCUUGGUAACAAGCUUUAUGAUAUUUAUAUACUAUUGUAUUUUAAAUAUAAAUAAAUGGAGAGAAAAUAACAUAUUGUUUUGUCAUUUUUCUUUACUUUUUUCUCCUACAAAAUAAUACAAAAAUUAAUUCUUUAUUUCAGCUAUACCAUUCUCUCCAUUUUCAUUCUCAUUUAUUUACAGUUCAUUCUCUUGAAACUAACAAAUUUCAUGAGCCUACAAGUUACAGAAAAUGUUUAAAAAUCUUAGUUUGUAGACUCUAUAAAUGUAAUAUAUGUGAUAUAUAACUAUGGCCUAUG